AGAACACAACUAUUACAUUUUGAUAUGAACGGGAAAUCGACAGUUCGAGGGUUUCAAUCAAUAAGUGGACCAACGCGUUAAUAAUGACGAGGCGGACUUGUGAUGAAGCCACCGGUUUGCACAUUCGGAUCUUCCGACAUGGAGACAGGGCUCCCCUCGAUACGUACCCAACAGAUCCUUACAAGGAAACAAUUUGGGAAAGUGGAUUGCAACAGUUAACGAAGGAGGGCGUGAGGCAGCAGCAUGCUUUGGGACAAUAUCUGAGGAAGAGAUACGAACAUUUCUUGAGCCCGACCUACAGCAGACGCGAGAUAUAUGUGCGUAGCACGGACUAUGACCGGACCCUAAUGAGUGCUCAGGCAAAUCUGGCAGGACUCUUUCCUCCUCAAAGUUCUCAGCUAUGGAAUCCAGACCUGCGAUGGCAACCAAUCCCCGUUCAUACGGUGCCCGUCGCCCAAGAUCGGCUCUUGAAAUUCCCUUCGAAAGAUUGUCCCCGAUACUAUGAGCUGAUGAAGGAGACCUUACAACAACCCGAUUACCAGAACCAGAUAAGGAGCUGGAAGGAGUUCACGGAGCGUCUAGCAAAUUACACCGGAUACAACACAGAGCACACGAGCACCCACCGGGUCUGGAAGGUCUACGAUACACUUUUCUGCCAGAAAUCCCACAACUAUACCUUACCCCCGUGGGCCACUCUGGACGUGCUUCAAACGCUGGAAGAAAUCACUGCUUUUGAUAUUAAAUCCCACGUGGAGCUCCACAGAUCCAAUGAAAAGGCUCGACUUACGGGGGGGAUCCUGGUGGAUGCGAUAAUCAGGAACUUCUCAGACGCGAUCAAGAAAUCAUCUCCUCUAAAGAUGGUGAUGUACUCAGCGCAUGACAGCACCCUCAUAGCCUUACAAGCUGCCCUGAAGGUAUAUAAUGGGAUCCAUCCACCGUACGCAUCUUGUCACAUCUUUGAGUUUCACGCGGAGAGCGAUGGCACCCACAGCGUCCGCAUGUACUACAGGAAUGACUCCAGCAGAGAACCUUAUGAGCUGGUGCUGCCAGGCUGUGCCUCUCCCUGCCCAUUAAUGAGCUUCUCCCAGCUGACGGCACCGGUCAUCCCACAGGACUGGGUGACAGAAUGCGGGUCGGAGGACCGCGGCCAGAAAACAGAUGCCACCACGUUGGCUUUAGCCAUCACCGUUGCGAUUCUUGGACUUGCUCUGGGAACGCUGCUGAUUUGGACCUGGAGGUCACGUCCCAAACCAUGGCCCGGGCACUAG